AUGCUGAUCGAACAAAUCCCAACUUCAUCCUCGUCUUCCAGUGCCCGUACCGAUAGUGAUAACCAAGAAGCCUCCUCCCAAGCCCAAAUAGAAAAUCCUGGCCCAUCCUCCUCGCCUCCACCACAAACAAGCGCCGCUCAGCCUCCCGAGGUGGACGAAGAAGCUAUCAGGAACCUAGAUAGGAUCCUUCAGAGCAUGCCCUCCGAUACGGAUAUUCCGACCGUUUACGCCACCAUUAAAGCCCGACUGGGGAUUUCCAUGUCAAGGGACCGAGCCACAACUUCCACACCCCAAAAUCCUCCCAAAAACCCUCCCAAAAACCCUCCAUCCUCUUCCCAAACACCGGCCCUCCGUCACACCCCUACGCCUACACCCGGGUUUCCACUAGUACAGUAUAGUGGAGACGAUUCUGAUGAAGAAGAGGCGCAGCCGGCCGCCACUCCAGUCGCCGAAACAGAGGCCGUGCCGGCACAACCGCAUGCAGAGGGUACGACUACUCCCAAAACUCCGACACCACCAAGUGGCGGAAGCUCCAACUCCCGUACUCUCCUAGGACCGACACAACCGAUCGAGGUUGUAAAUAUUGACGACGAUUCUACGGAGGAUCUUCUGCCUCCUCCCAAUGAAAUACUUCAACAAAAGAUGGCAGAAUGGAACUUCAUUACACAUGCAGAAGAUUAA